CUUUCUUCGUUUUCAAAAAAAUGUUUCAAAGAAAGUUUCUGAAACGCAUGAAAUCAAUAGAAGAAUGAUUUUCAAACAGUUUUAACUGGUUUGAAAAUCAUAAUUUUUUCCUGUAUUUUUCAGAAAUACGUCAUCAUGGCUCGCGAUCAAAAGUUGUGCAGAUUUUUCCGAAUACCUCUUGUAACUCUCUGUUGUGUAUUUAUUUGCUGUUCUUUGUUUUUGGUGAAUUUUCACCGACGAAUUGGCACUAAGCAUAAGCAUUUGUGCCUCAGUCCUCACGGGAUUGUGCGAUCUGGUGAAAUUUACAGACUUUUCACCCAUGUAUUUUUCCACAAAGGACCAUGGCACUUGCUCAUCACAAUGUUUCCAUUGUUAAUUCUUGGAACGCUAAUUGAACGCCAAAUUGGGAGUAUUCUUUUCUUCCUGGUCUUGAUUGCAUGCUGGGUCACUUCUGUCGCACUCGAAGUUGCCAUGGCAACGAUGUUAUAUCAUGUCUUCCAUGACCUGUUCCAUGGUUGCAGUCUGGGAUUUUCCGGUGUUGUGUUUGGACUGAUAGUCAUUAUGUCAAAGGUUAAUGGGCUAAAAGACUGUGGAAUUGGCAUCUUUAAAAUUCCAUUUUCACUAGUUCCAUGGCUUUGUGUUGUUAUUUAUUACUUUGGGUUCCAUCAAGGYUCAGUUUUUUUACAUAUUGGAGGGAUUAUUGCUGGAUAUGCUUACAAGUAUGAUGCAUUCAACUGUUGCCUGCCAUCUCCUGAACGACUAGCAGAAUUAGAACACUCUGGUURGAUGCAAUUUAUUGUUCAAAUACCUUGUUUUGUGAGAUUCUCGCAACCACAACUACCCUCGUACUACCCAGUUUCAGUCAAUGAAGACCAGUUUAUUGCCAGUCUCAACACUGGUGACGUUUCUGGAGAAUCUGGACUAACAGAGGUUUAAAUCUUUGAAGAUUUAAUAUCAGGAGUAUAGGUUCAAUCAUUAGUCUACCCAUCCAUACGUUUAUGUGUCCAUCUGUCCAUCCAUCCCAUCUGUCCUGUCCAUCCAUUUGUCAGUCCAUCCAUCUGCACAUCCUUCCAUCCUUCCAUCCUU